AUGAGACUUAUUGAUUGGGUCUCUGAAAAGAUCAAGGCUAAAGAUAUUUUUAACCAUAAAAUAUGUCUCACUCAUAAUGGGAGUGAUAGGUAUAGUUCGUUUAUUGGUGGUUGUACUUUCUUGAUGGUGUUGACCGGGCUUUUGUUUUAUGGAACUGUCUUGUUCGUGUCCAUGUUUAAAAGAAAAGAAAUCACAGCAAACAUAAACACAAUCAAAGCUGAUCUCAUGAAUAUUGCUGGGCAAGAAGAUUCACAAUGAUCAACUCAAAGCAAUUGUGUAGAAUCUGACACUUCAAAUAAAGGUACUUUGGCAGAUGGAAUCAAGUUAACAGAAGGGCCAUUUAUUGCUUGGAGAUAUAUUCCUGCAUCUUCGAACGUAAUCAAUGCAGAUGGAUCAAACUUUUACCCAGGAUCUGAAGUUCUCAAAGCCUGGGUAGAUUAUGAAGUCAUUGAUUUAUCAAACCCUGAAUCACCUAUUGUCUCAAUAGCUGAAUUUCCAUUCGAAGAAUGCAAUGAUACUUCAUUCCCUGAUCAUCUGAAAUUAGGUAGAUUGAAAUCUGAAUUUCGUUGCUUGAAUUUGUCUGGAUUUGAGCUACAAGGAGAUGUUGGUAAUAAUAAAUAAGAAAAUUUUGAAUUUAAGAGUUGGCAUAAAUACCUCUAAAGUUAAUAUAUCAGAUCGUCUAAUAAUGAAUGAAUAUAUGUUCAGAUCUACCAUGCAAUUCAUUAUUGAUAAUAAGUUUUUCGACUUUCAGGAUAUCGAUGACCCGAUUAAAAAUUAUUUCCAAUACGAAGAUGUUUCAAUGCCUGAUUCUCAGUUUUUGAGCGAAAUAAACAUGAAGGUUCGGAGUAACAAAUAUACUAAGAAGGAUGGGUUCCUUCCUUGGUCAUCUGAAGAAGAAGGAGACUUUUACUCUAUUGAAAAGGUUUCACGUAAUCAAUAUUUGGAAGGAACUUUAGCAUCCUCGCCAGGACAACUACCAGAGUAUUUUCCUAUACUUAAAGGAACAAUCGCUCUGGACUAUGAGCAGACCUUCUACGAGAGAAGAGUUACUGACUUCUUAGAAGUAACUGGGCAACUCGGAGGAAUCUUUGAAAUUUAUGAAAUUAUCGGAGGCUUUAUCAUUGGUUGGCUAUCUUCAAGAGCAUUGAAUCAAGAAAUCUUCAAGAACCUACAAAAAGCUGAAAAGGUGUAUCAUAAUCAACUCAAGGUCUUAGAGGAACUUAAAUUAAAUAAUCAAGAAAGUAACUCCGAUGAUGAGGAAGAUGAGGGAGAUGAGGAAAGAAGUGGCCAAGAGCAAAAUCAAGAGCAACAUCAGGAGCAACAUCAGGAGCAACACCAGGAGCAAUAUCACGAACAACAACAGGAGCAAAAUCAGGAGCAGAGUAAAGCCAAAACCAACUACUUAGUCGGAGUCGGGUCUCCCGAACCUGAAUACAAAUAAGCUUAUCAAGCAAUACAACGAAGCUUUGGAUAGUACAAAUCUGACUUUUUCGAUCAGAAAUCUUACAAGCAAAGUAGAAUAUUUACUUUCCAACGACUCUCACUACCAAGAGGCAAUCAAAAACAAGAGCUAUGAAGAACUCCAUUACAGAGUGGAGUCAGAAGAAGCCAAAGCAAAGAAAGAGCAACAGAUAAUGCUUCAGAAAUACCAAGAAGACUGUGCCAUUCUGCCUCACAAUGUGUUGCCUAACACUCAAAUAGACAGUACAAAGCAUCAAAUUCUUAAUCGAUACAAGGCUUACAUGAGUGGACACUUUCAUAGUUUGAAGAAACCAAAUGCUUCCAAAACGCUUUCAAAUGGACAUUUAAAUUUGGCACAAAAAAGUGAAUAUGGAAGAGUGGCUAGUUAUAUGAUACAGAAAGAUGAAGAAAGUAAAAAUGAUGAUAGAUAUGGCUAA